AAGCUUUCAUCAUGGCAAGUCCUCGUGCCAACUAAACAGGACCGGGUGCAACCUAACCGAGGCCUGAACGAAUCAGCCUUGGGUCCAGCGGCGAUCCGAAACGACCGAAAAGCCAACCUUACUAGUAAGCCACUUUGCAGUCGCGCGCCGCCACGAACAGUAUAUAACCCGCGAGGCGUGCACGCAUUCGGCCCCCCUCACUAUCUUCCCAUCGUGUAUGUUCGGCUCGACACGACGCCUAUUCACGCUUGCUCGCCAGUUCGCUACACCAUCCGCAAAGAUGUCAACGUAUCCGUCUAAGAUCUACGCCCUUGGCAUGUCAAAGACCGGGCCGAUCGACGUGCUCGAGAAGAUCGAGGUUCCGUUCCCUGAGGUUAAGCCGGACCAUCUUCUUAUCAAGGUCAACUACAUCGGGGUCAACUUCAUCGAUACCUACUACAGACAGGGGCUUUACCCCGUCGACAACUUCCCUUUCGUCCUUGGCAAGGAAACAUCCGGCACUAUCAUCGGUCUUCCAUCCGACCAGACUACCCUCAACGAUCCCGACUACAAAGCUCGAGGGUAUAAGCAGGGAGGAAAAGUUGCAUCCGAUGUCCUGAGCACCCACGCCGAGUAUAUCUCCGUGCCAUGGAAGACGGUUUACCCUGUUCCAGAUGCUGUCUCGCCUCUGACGGCCGUAGCGACUCUCGUCCAGGCUCUGACAGCUGUAUCGUUCAUGGACGAGGCCUAUGCUGUCAAGAAGGGCGAUACGAUACUCAUUCACACUGUCGCUGGUGGCCUGGGCCUGCUCAUGGCACAGUACGCCAAAUCCCUCGGCGCUACCAUCAUCGGGACGACCUCAACAACGGAGAAAGCCGAGCUAGCAAAGAAGAACGGGGCAGAUCAUGUCAUCAUAUACAAGACUGAAAACACGGUCAAGCGUGUGCUGGAGAUCACCAACGGGGAAGGUGUCGAUGCCAUCUUCGACGGCGUGGGCAAAGACACCUUCGAUGCCAACUUCGACAUGAUAAAACGAAAAGGCACGCUCAUCUCCGUGGGCAAUGCCUCCGGCGCCGUGCCCCCAUUCCCACCUCUGAAGCUCCUUCCAAAGAACUUGAAGCUACUUCGCCCGACGAUGAACAAUUAUGCGUAUACCGCGCAAGAAGCGCUCUACUAUGGUCAAAAAGUUUUCGACCUCGUCCAGAAGGGAACACUCAGGCCACAUGUUCACAAAGAGUAUCCUUUUACCACCGAGGGUGCGCAGCAGGCGCAGAAGGACCUGACGAGCGGUGCGACCACCGGCAAGGUGGUGAUCAAGGUCUCAGAUUGAAUCGGCGGAGUGCGGUAGAAAUUCAAUGUAAUAACAGUGAUUAGUAUCUUGCGUGUGUUUCUUGUAUUGCCUUUGGAGACUGGUUCACUCCGAUUGAGCCGCCCGC